AUGGGCCCCAAGAAAGGUGGAAACGGUCGUGGGCUGUCGGAAAGUUUUCAGCAACCUUGUGAGUGGGUCCUGAGUCUGGUUACACCUUUUCGGUGCGUAGCUGCCAUGCCACCCAAAGUAAGCACGAGGGCUGAGGUACUGCCAGGUUGCCCAUACCUAUACAGGGAAAGUCGAGAAGCAACCACGGACCUUCUGAAGAAAUUACUUAAUUCUAUUCCUUGA